CCUAGCUCAUCAACCCAUCAAGCCACAUCCUUAUUAACCCCAUCUUUUCCCAAAAUCACUUUUUAUACUUUAACCCUUAUGAACGAAGCACUAGGAUCAAUCUUCUCCGGCGCAAUACCAAGCCAAUUCAUGGGCGGGCAAAACAAGCCCGCCGACGGCGAGGCUCCCUCGGAAAGCAAAUCAAACACCCAAGACCGCAUCGCCAAAGAAAUCCACUCCCGCGUCGAAGAAGCAAAAGGUCUACAAGAAAAAUCCCUUGAACUCCAUGAAAAAGCAGACAAGGAAGAAGAUCCCGAAGAAGCGGAAAACAUACGGCAUGAAGCACGAGAAAUCGACAAAAAGGCUGCUAAGCUCAUGAAGAUUGCUGAAAGGCUGGAGAAGGGCUGGAUACAGGGCGGUGCUAUAGGGACGGGGAUAGGAGCGGGUGUAGCUAGUGGGCUGGGGCUGGGGGUUGGCGCUUUGUUGACGGGUGUUGUGGCGAUUCCGACGGCGGGUUUGGGAUUGCUUAUUGGCGCGGGGACGGGGCUUGCGCAUGGGUCGUGGGUGAAGUUUACGGAUGCGUUUACGAAGGACGAGGCUGAUGAGAUUGUUAAUGAGGCGACGGAGGAGGCGGAGAAGAUUGCAAAGGGUUAACAAGAGAUGCACCAGUCGAUCGGGGUUAUGGAGUAGUACUUAGAGAGAUGGACUAUUCACAACGCGUUAGGUUAUUCAGAUUGCAUUCGGGUUGCAUAUAGUUAUAAGGUUACCGCUAGCCAUCAACUUCAUUCUUUCGUUG